GUUUUUAUUACGCUAUUUUGCCUUGCCCAUCAUGACAACUUCUAUGGACUUGCGUUCCAUUUUCCCUUUCGAUAAUGGGCAAGAGCAUCCAGAUUUCAUGAAAUAUACUAUUGACAGUGGUAAGCCCAUGAAGGUUAUUAAUAUUGGUGCAAGAUAUACUGGCGUUGUGGCAUGCAUUAGAAUCCCCCGCAAAUUCGCGAACAUUGAGUUUAAAUGCUACGAAAAGAAUCACGAUGUUGACGGCACUUGGCUGGAUAAUACGUAUCCUGGUGUUGCCUACGACGUACCAUCCCACGAGUAUCAGACUGCAUUCGAAACGAACCCAAAUUGGACGCAGUGCUAUUCUACAGGUAAUGAGAUUUGGAAAUAUUUCAAACAUAUUGCAGUCAAGUAUGAUGCGGAAAAAUAUAUCACGUUUAACACGAAGAUGAUUGAAGGUCGUUGGCAGGGGGACAAAAAAUUGUGGAAAAUAACACUCAAGAAUGUCAAAACUGGAGAGGUUUUCACUGACGUAUGCAAUGUGCUUUUUGGAUGCGUUGGUAACCUCAACAGACCGCACCUUGCCGACAUUCCAGGUCGAGAUACAUUCAAAGGAAGCUUGAUCCAUCCCGCUCGGUGGAAUCACAAUGUUGACAUCAAAGGUAAAAAGGUGGCUGUCAUUGUCAAUGUUGAAGGUGUACACGAGACGCGUGGGGCAGGAGGUGUGAAUUUCAGAUAUUCUGAUGAAGACACAGCCAAGUUUCAAAACAAAAAAGAGUACUAUAAGAGCUAUGAACGCACUUUAAGAGAUGCGUUGGCAUGCCUCCACUUGAUCACAUUCAAGGGAUCACCGCUCGCGAUGGGAGCACAGAAGGCUACAGCUGAGAUGAUGCGUUUAAAGAGCGUGAAGGACCCUUCUGUUGCAGAAGCAAUUAUACCUGAUUGGGCAAUUGGAUGCAGAAGACUUACGCCAGGGACGCCGUAUAUCGAGGCACUCUGCGAAGAAAAGCGUCAACUGAUCAAGGAACCUAUAGAGUGCUUUGAUGCAUCUGGGAUCAUAACCAAGGAGGGAACCCAUCGGCGAUACGACGUCAUAAUACUUGCCAGUGGCUACGAGAUUACAUACCAAGACUUUCCAUUGUACGGGAGAAAUGGUGUCAACCUCAACGAUAUAUUUGAGCAGGCGCCUGAAUCCUAUUUGGGAGUUUGUCCGCCUGAGAUGCCCAUUCUUGGAAAUCCAAGAUGGGAGGACUUCGACUACGAGCUGAUGGAUGAGGAGGAGCCUUUCGCGUUCUUUGGAAAUGGAAUGACUGAGCAAGAUAUGGACAUGAAGGGGAACUUUGCACCGUACAUGGAUAUCGAGGCUGAAUAUCCUGAGUUACGAGAAUUCUUUGGAAAAGAGGAGAAUACGAAAGAACAUGCUAGUCUGAAAUCUGCAGUGAUAUCCAGUGAUAACGCGGAUCCAAAAAAGAUGCUAGAAACGGAUGGGAUCAUGACCACACAGAUUGACUUCAUUAAAAGUUCGCACAGUGGCAUAAAUUUCCUGCAAUAA